AUGUCGCACAGGAAGCACCCACCUUACGCGCCCGCGUUUUACCGGCUUGGUUUCUUGGGCCUUGGGCGCAGCGGUUAUUUGGUCAUCAAGUCCUGUGGCGCGUUGAGUCUCAAGGUGGUGACGACCUUGAGAAAUAUCGCGCUGGUUGUGUACGGCGCCUUUGUGCUUGGAGAACCAGUCACAAGUAGUCAAGGAGCAGGCUAUACCCUGGCACUGGUGUGGCACUUAGCCGAUCUUCGGGUCGGGUUCGUAGGCUACUCCUACUAUAGCGGUGCUCCUGCUGGGGGCAAGGUCAGUAACUAUGUUCAAGUGAGUCCAAGCCAAGCGAGCCCAGACAAUGAUCACGAGCGGAAGUCUUGA